CUGGUAAAGCACUGAAGAUUCCGGAACUGUCGGGAAUGCAAACAGCAUGUAUAAAGGCUGCAGUGCUCAGCUCAUUGACAGCAAAUCUGACAACAUAAGCACGCAACAGCAGAAGAAGGAGAAAUAGCAAAUACAGACACAAUGCUACGGUACCCAGCUUUUCGAACUUCUUUCAGCCCUCUGUAUGCAUCACAGGAACCAGGGUUCACAGCUUGGCCAUUCAGCCUGAGCACCUUUGAACAGCUGGAAAGGGAACUGCAGACAGACCUGCACCAAAUGAGGCGAACAAUGAACUUCAUGAAUGAGAUCUUUCAGCAGCUGUCGGACGAUGUCCUGGAGAAAAGAAAACUCCCUGUGGACAAACUGCAAACUAGAAGGGAAAAAGAUCCAGGCAGCAGAAUACAAAAUGAUGAGAAGGGCUUCUCACUGUCUCUGGAUGUUAAACAAUUUUCCCCAGAAGAACUGAAUGUGAAAGUAGCUGGUAGAAAAGUCACUGUGGAAGGAAAACAUGAAAUGAAAAGUGAGGAUGGUGAAACAGUUUUCUCUUAUGAGUGCAAUCAGUUUAAGAAGGAAGUCCUGUUACCAGAGGAUGUGAAAUCUGAAGUAGUAAUUUGUUUGCUGUCCCACAAUGGUGAACUUGUCAUUGCAGCCCCACGACUGUCCUCACCAGCUGUGACAGGUAGAGACAUUCCCAUCUCUAUCACCACAGACAAAAGCAGUGGAAAGGAGGAUGAAAAUGAGAAUGCAGAUAAAACGGACAAGAACAAAAAGCAGGAAACAUCUUCAAAUGAGGGAAAUUAAGUUGCAACUGCACAGACUGCCUAGCUGUACAAAGACUGGCAUUUCUCUUACGUAAUGCUGUGCUUUACUAUUUGAACAAUUAAACUACGUUUUUGCCCUUGAAAAUGCCUAGAAUGCUGUCAUAUAUUUCAUAUUUUUAAGAACUUAUUCUUUUGUUCAAAUGUACAGAAUUCUCAGUGGGCAGACAUUCAGUUUAGCAAUGCUAUUUUGUAUGAUUCACUCAAAACUUUAUUUUACCACAAUUGCCUGACCUCGAAUUGCUUUUGUAUGUCUUCAUGUUUCUUAUUUCUUUAAAUUUACAGUAAUAGUCAUGGAUGUUUUUUUUUUCCUUUCCCACAUAUUUUGUUAAAUAAAUAAGUUGCUGUUAUAUUUACACCUGA